UUGCUCAUGAACAUUCUACGAAUCUAACGGGUGAUAUUGGAGCAACUGAUGACCCAAUUGAUGGAACUCUUUGGGCCCAUAUAAUAUUUAUGUCUUUAGCCUUUGGUAUUAUAUUCCCUAUUGGCAUGGUACUAGGCUUAUCCCGUUCCCGCUACCAUGUUCCCUUACAAAUCAUCGGCACCUUCAUAGCUACAUUGGGUUACUUUCUCGGUCACGCUCAUGAAGGUCGACAAUUUGCUAGUGAUACAGCACAUGCAUCAUUUGCUACUUAUGUCAUGCUUAUCUUAAUAGGACAAGUAUUUCUUGGCUUAUAUUUGAAAUGUCAUUUUGAAAAGAAUUUUAAUCAAUGGAUCAGACCUAUGGGCGUUAAGUUUCAUAAAGUAAUUGGUAUUUGUAUGCCGGUUAUUGGAUAUAUACAAAUUGUUUUUGGUGUUAUUACCGCUACUGGGUGGUGUAGAGGAAACAAACUAGGACAAUGUCUUGCACACUUUAUCAUGGGAUCCUCAUUCAUGGCACAUGGAAUAUUAUUAAUACUCAUCAUGAGAUUUGCCACAGAAUGGUUACGCCGUAAAGGAAGAUCACAAGAUUAUUAUGAUAGUUGGAAUUGGACUUCCGGUGAUUUUCAACACACGCUUGUGGGUAUAAUGUGGUGGUCAGGAGGUUUACUCGGUAUCUAUCUCUCCCGCAAAGGUGUAAAACGAAAUAUAAUUCCAUCAGUAGUAAUAAUAUUCACCGGCUACAUUCUGAGUCAGCAAACUCAAACAUUAGCCAUAUCAACGGAUAUCCAUAGAAUGUUUGGAAUUACUCUUAUAGGUGCGGGUAUUGCACGCUUGAUAGAAGUUUGUUUUGUGGUCGUAGAGAAACCAAUUACUCCAUUCAGGAGUUUAUGUCCUUAUUUAAUGAUAAUUUCCGGUCUUCUCUUUAUGGGUGCACAUGAGGAUCAGGUUUUAUAUCUCUCUACGAACAGCAUUGAUGCAUUCUCAUAUGCACUAAUUCAAGUUACAAUAGCAUUUUUUGUAUUCUUUGCCGUGAAUGUAAUGAUUGAUUUAUAUUGGAUGUCAGGUACGAAUGAUGGUGAACCAAAAUAUGAGAUCAUUGGGAAUAUUGCUAAUGAAAAUUUGAGUGACAAUUCAAGAGGUAAUAAUAUAAAGGAUGUAUCAGACAGAAAUACUUUAGAAGGGAGAAAUGGAAUGGACGGUGGAGAUGGAGGUAUAGGAAGAUUUGAAAGUAGAAAUACAAGUUUUAUAGAUGAUGGACAUAUAUCAGUAAAUUUGAAUGAUGAUACAGUGAGAAAUAACGAUGAUAAUGUGGAAAGUGACGAUGGUGUUGAUGAACGUGAUGGAAAAACUGAAAAAAAUUCUGAUGGAUUUGUGGUAAAUUAUUUAUUAGUUAGUCAACAUGCUGAUGAAAAAUUACAUGAUGACGAUAAGACGGAUGAAAUGUAG